AUGAAAUAUGAACAGGAAGAGCAGGUUAUGAGCGGACUAUCCGGAGACGCUCGACGCGUAAAAUCGCUUUGUUUUGUAAAAUUUGCUGAAAUACUUUUGUUAGAAUCCAUUAUAACAGAAACUCAGAAAAGGAUAAGUAAUGCAUUUGACGUGUUUGAUCACGAAUGCAACAAGACUGUUGAUGUCAGAGAAAUAGGCACCAUUAUCCUCUCACUUGGCUGUUUUCCAUCGGAAGCUGAAUUACAUGAUAUCAUUGCUGAGCUAGAAGAUGAAGAGCCCGCUGGGUUUGUGCGCUAUGAGAAGUUUCUUCCAACUAUGACUAAGAUCCUGCUUGAGCACAAGUUCCGUCCUAUUACAGAAGACCUGCUCCUUCAGGCCUUUAAGGUGUUAGAUCCACAGAAAAAUGGCCACUUGGAACCAGAGGAACUGACCAAAUAUUUAACACAAGAAGGAGAGUCCUUCACACAGGAAGAGAUAGAUGAAAUGCUGUCUGCAGCUGUUGAUCCUGAUAAGAAUGUCAUUCUCUACAAGGACUUUGUGAGCAUGAUGACCUUUGAUGACACUCGAUGAUGGCUGACGGCAUGAAUAGAUUGAAUAUAUAAGUAGUUUUAUAGAGUUAGGAUCAAGGUAUCGUAAAGGAAAUCAUCAGUUACCAUAAUAAAUAAUAUACUGUACAUGUUAUUUUGAUUCUUUACCCAUGAUAUACAUCAUUAAUGGUGUUCAUAAUGCCCAAAUACUAAUUUCUUAUUAUAUAAUUUGGCAAGAUUACACAAUAUGAUGAUAUGUUACCCUAUUAAUAAUUAUUCAAACAUGCUUUAAAGUGGGGAAUGUGUGCAAGACUGAGACCGUGUAUUAUAGACUGAUGAAUCAUUCUCCUUAUUAAUGAUCAGGUUUCUAAGGCCAGUUGUGUGUCUGAGAGCUUCAUUAUAAAGUCAGUGUGUGGUGUCUUUCUUCUUUCAGUUUCAUUAGCAGAGUCAGAUACACAGAUUUUGUGAAGGGGUGGCAUAUUCUUGCAGCUCAUUUUUUUCAGAAUUAACCUGUGCUCCGUGAGUGCGUGUGUGUAGGGGAGAUACCGGGAACCGAACUGACCCCCUGUGAACUGACCAGAGAAGCACAUGAUUUAUGACAGACUUUACAGAAAGGAAGUUGCAUGUUGGUGGCAUUUGAAAUUCUAUUCAUUU